AUACGAGUUCUUUAUUAGUGGGUCUUUCUGUUUUUGCUGCUUCUGUUUAUGAAGACUUUUCUUGUGGUUCACAUUUGAUACAAGGACACUGAUAUUAUUGUCGUUGUCUAUUUAUUGAGAUUAUGAGGUUUAGGAGAUACCUAUCAAAAUAAUGGCCGAUUUGGGAGAGGUGGGUGAGGCUUGUAAUUGCCCCUUAUAAAAAAUCUAUGUUUCACAUGGUGUCGGUACAACAAGAAAGGCAUACCCCUUAAAGGUAUUUGACAAACAAAUUGGUAUCUAGACACUGUUCACCAUGUGUUUGUAAAAUUGACUAUGAGACGUUACAGCCUCACAGACACAAUUUGAUACAGGUAAUCCACCCUGGAAAUGUACUAUAUCCAAUGGCAGUCUGAUAAGAUAUGCCCCUUUUUUUCGUUUAUUUUCAACCUUCCCAUUUUAUCAAAGAAGCAAUAGUGACAAACCAGCAGGAAUCUAGUACUUUUGCCUAGCAAUAUUCAUGACAAGUCAAGACGAAAAGGAGGAGAAAAGGGAGGAAAAGAAGGGUGCAAGUGGGGUCAGACGGCUCAGUGCUUCACUGAAAACCAGGCAACAGUUUUCAUGAUUUCUUUCUUCAGUUACAGAACAGGGAAUUUUUAACUGAUUUCUGACAGCUUCACUCGUGUAAAGCUCAUGUAAUUGGCAUUCUCUGGCUGCUUAUAUGGGAUAACUUACACAGUUGACAGAAGAUAGGGCUUCUUCUUCUGUUUCUUUAGAUCUCCUUCAAAACCGACAUUCCUCUGAGGUAGAAUUAAUCCUCAAAAGCCUUCUUUCCUGGCUUUAAUAAGUUGGAGAGGCCUCAAGAACUGUAUGUCUUGUAAGUUUUGUGUUGCUUCAAUUCUGACUUUCUUGAAUCUCACGAUAUCUUGGCCUGUCUGGCAUUUUUAUCGAGAAUUAUUGUCCUUCCAAGAGGAAGUUUUAUGGAAAGGAAAGGGCGCCUUCUUGAAUAAUGGAUGAAAAGGGGGUCAUUGAUUCAUGUCUGGUUAUAUCUGAAGACAAAAGUGAUAGCUUGUGUCCAAUGUUCUUCGGUGUUUCUUGUGCAUUCUUUUCACUCGGGGUUUUAUCAAAGACUGAAGUGAAUGACGAGAAAUGGUCAGAAAUAAGGAAUAGACUGCUUCAAGGAAGUGCUCAUCUCUUAGGAUUGCUUGUUUGGAGAGUUCAGAGAGUUGAAGCUGACAGCAGAAAUGGUACGAUCCAUCAUAAACUUGAGAUUGCACAGCAAGAGAUUGAAGAGUUAAAAAGGAUGAGAAGCGAAGAUGCAAAGGCCAACGAAAAAGUUGUGGGCAUCUUUGCCUCCCAAGAGCAGAGCUGGUUUUCCGAAAGAAAGAAGCUGCGGCAGCAAAUUGGAGCUCUUUUGAAUGAAUUUAGAGUUCUGCAGAAGAAAAGGGAGGAAGCUAUCUCUGAAUUUAGUGAUAAGUUACAGGAGAAGGAUCGUUUGUUGCAGUCUAAGGAUAAUGAAUUGAAGCAAGAAGAGCAAAAGACAAGGGAGCUAGAAGAAAAACUCAAGGAGGCUGGAAAUGUCGUAGAGGAAUUGAGAGACAAUGCAAAGCGCAAAGCCCAAGAGCAUUCCUCGGAGGUCUGGAAGCACAAAACUGCAUAUAUUGAGCUGGUUUCUAGCCAGCGACAGCUUGAAGCUGAAAUGAGUCGAACCCUCAGGCAAGUUGAGUCUGCAAAACAAGAGCUUGAUUUAAUGUUGGAGCAAAAGGAGGAAUCUGUUUUCAUGGCUCAAAAGCUGUCCGUGGAACUGAUUAAUGCGCAAAAGGAGCUGGAGCAGAAGGACAAGAUUUUAUCAGCUAUGUUAAGGAAAUCAAAAUUGGACACAACAGAGAAGCAAAUGCUUUUAAAUGAAUUCAAAUUAUCAAAGACCAAGAAAAAGCAAGGUGAGGUAGAAACAGAAAGGAGGAGAGCAGUUCCAGAGUCCAGAAAGGAGAAGCAAUCACUGAGAAGCAUGUUGACCAAGCAUUUGGGUUCACAGUUCGAGGUUCUCACAGAUGGAAGAGCUGCACAUUCCAAGGCAAAAGUGUCAUCACAGAGCGGACGGAGUAGACCACAGGCAACUGAUUUUCUUCUGGAGUAUGGUCAACCCGAGCAUCAAAAGGAACUGGGUAUUUUUUCUCCAUUUUAUGACCAGUACUUGCAAGAUGAAAGGAAGGAACUGGUAUUUGCAGCUGAUGUCAAGCUGUUGGAGGGUUGGGUUCAAUCUGAAGCUGAAAAAUACUCUACUCUAGUUGAACAGAGGCAUCACGUAGAAAUAAAUGCUUUUGCAGAACAACUGCGACUUAAGGAUGAGAAGUUAGAAGCUUUUGAAUGGCGUUUUCUUAGCAUGGAACUAGAAAUAAAGAGGCUGAAGUCUCAUAUUGAAGGGCUUAACCAUGAUCUAUCACAGCUCAGUCAAGAGAAUAUGAAACUUGAAGCUUUGUUAUUGGACCGGCAAGCUGAGAUAAAUUCCCUGAAACAGCAGUCUGUCCUGCAGUUAGAUCCCCAAGGUUGCCAAACGACUAAGCUAAAUUCAUGUCCAUCUGGUCUGGCUUUAGGAUAUCAAAACAUUUGGUCCAAAGUGAAGAUCAUAAAGAUGAAACCAGAGGAUAAAGAACAGGAGACAAUGACACCACUGGAUAUUUCUCAGGAAGCAGAAUCUCGAAAAGAAAACAAACCUUCAAUGAAAAGCCAGCCCAAAGAAAUAACCCAGAGUUACCUGUGUCCAGAAAAGAAGUUCAAGGAAGAGAGAGAUGAUGUGUUCGAUCCAGAUCCCAUUCAAGAUGAACAUGUUAGCCCUGAAGAGACUGAAAUUGUUGAAAAGUCAUCGUCAUCCCAAUACUUGAGUAACCCCGCCAGUUCUCCAUGGAAGAUGGACCUUCACUCUCUUGGAGUUUCUUACAAGAUAAAGAGGCUCAAGCAGCAACUACUCAUUCUUGAGAGGUUGACAGGAAAGCGAGAAAUUUGUGAAGACAAUGAAGGUGACGAUAAUGAGAAGGAUGGGAUACGGGAAUUUCACAUGCUAAUGUCAUUAUUGAAUAAACAAGUCAACAGGUACCAGUCUCUCCAAGGGAAGACUGAUGAACUCUGCAAGCGGAUGCAUGAAAAUGAUCUUGAAGCAAAUCGUGGAGGUUCUACCACCUGUAGGAGCAAGGAGGCAACCAAAACACUAGAGCACUUCCUUGAGGAAACAUUUCAGGUCCAGAGAUACAUAGUUGCAACAGGACAGAAGUUGAUAGAAAUACAAUCCAAGAUUGACUCGGGAUUUCUUCAAAGUGUAGAGGAGUUUGAGGCAUCUUCCAGGUUUGACAUGAAGCGAUUCUGCAAUGUUGUCAGAACUCUCUUCCAAGAAAUCCAGAGGGGCAUCGAAGUCCGAGUAGCUCGAAUCAUUGGGGAUCUUGAGGGCACCUUGGCCCGUGAUGGAAUCAUCCAUCUCAGCAAGUAGUAUUGUGAACUCUGAACCUGAAAAUGAGGCCCAAGAAGAUUCAAAUCCUGUCGUUUCUCUUCAGGUAUGGCUUUUGCAGAGUACGUAUAGUGAAGUUGUAUAGUUGCCAAUCUACUUGUGCAAUAAGAAUCCCUUGAAUCCACACUUAAAACGCAACUAGAUAUUGUAAAAAGAACAAUGAAGAAGGAAAAAUGAGGAGCCAUUACAACGGUUGCUGUUAUAUCUAUUUUCUAGUCAAGGAAUAUAGUUUCUUUGCCUUUCCUUUAAUCUAUCUGUACUUAAUAAUUUCUGUUCUUCUAGUUUGUAAUUUUAGAUCCCCCUGUACUGUUAUCCUCCAUCAGGCAUUACUGCUA